AUGCUUAUGGAUUGCGCAGGCAAAGGUCGCCACUCCGACUCGAAUAUUGACCAUUUCAACGAAGAGAAACCUUUCAAGAAGUGCAGAACGCCCACUCUAACACGGGCUUUAGAUCAGCACGUAGGUCGUAGAAAAUGUUUUUUGGAUCAGUUCCCGAUUCCGCAUAUAUCAAGCUCCACUGCGCGGAACGCCAAAACAUAUCCUGCAUAA